AUGGUGAACUGUCGUAGUUCUAUUGCGUCUCUAACUUUGAUUUUGUGUUUCUCUCUUGUGUUACAUUUGCAAUUUGGAACUACAACGGCUGCACGAAAAUCAGUUAAAGUGUUCGGUCCGCCUAUUCCUCUCGAGUGGUCACCACCAUCACCCCCGAAAGAAGACUUUCUAUGGUUCAAGAUUAACAUAUACAAAAAUAUAGAACAAACUGCGUUCAGACCCACGGGUCCAGGUCCUAGCCAAGGCAUCGGACACAAAGAUCCACCAGGUGCACCAUAA